AUGACUGGUUAUCAUGCAGCAGGCAUUUUGAAAUGGGUGGAGGUGGAAGACGAACUCGAUCACCACCAUUUACACCACGACCCUGUCAUGAGCCUUGACCUUACUAUUGCACCCAUUUUCCAUUGGUCUGAAAUACUCCCAGUGGGCUCAGUCAACGGCUUGAUCUGCCUGUGGCAGUGUGGUCCUCAACAUGAUAACACUUACAUAUGCAAUCCAGUCACCAGAGAAUAUAUGAUUCUCCCCAUGCAACAAUUCUACAAAAAUGAUAUUGCAAUAAUAGUAGUGUAUUGUUUUGGUGUUGGAUCACUUACACAGGAAUACAAAGUGAUACGGAUUUUUCAAGGGGAAAUACCUGAAGAUUCUACCUCACCAUGUCGGCCAAGCCUAUUAGAAGCAGAGGUCUACACCCUUGGCACUGGGCAAUGGAGAAGUCUAGGUCAUGUACCAUACUGUCUCAACGGAACCUAUGGGCCAUUUUUAAACGGCCAUACUCAUUGGAUUGCUUUUGAUGAGGAUUCCCCUGAAACACUUUGUGCUUUUGAUUUUGACAACGAGACAUUUGAGAUGUUCCCCUCCCCUCCUGAAGCUAUAGAAGACGAAUAA